AUGUUAACUGUCGAUGUCGUUCUCACUCUGCGAUUCUUUUCGCUGUUUCACAAUUCUGGCCUCAAUAACUUGACGAACUAUGUUACACCAAGAGCCUGCUAUCUGGCAGAUUCUAACGAUUAUCGUGUUCCUCAGCUUGAGUUACUCAACAAACAAGAAAGAUGUGUCGUUAAAUGCCAAAGAUACCGAAACGCUAUUAUUCGCUACAAUAUACGACCCCGCUACUUUCCUAUCGGAGGUAUCAACUACAAUGUUGUUUGUGAUGGAUGUGAUGCGAAUUUGCAAAGCCUCGUUGGUAUUAAGGAUCACUUUGAAUAUGUACGCGUCCAAUGCCUAGGAAACGAUGCAGACACUGGAAUCUACGAAAUGGAAGUAUCCACAGAGUAUGGAAAGGGAUACUCUUCUGUAUACAUACAAGCAGAGCUAAUGGAGGCAUUCACGGGUAGGCUCAAGCAACCCUCCGGACCAGGUCAAAUCUUGUUUGACAACAUUGAGUUGAACGAGGGAUACUCAUAUAAUAAAAGCACUGGGAUUUUCAAAGCCAAAAGGACUGGGUAUUAUUCCUUCUACAUGAUGGCUAGAACAGAGUCUGAUCGUUAUGUCAUGAUGGAACUUCGAAAGAAUGGCGUCAGAGUGGGCUCCAUAACCAAUGACGUACUGCCUGACCACAGCUGGGAAGUUGAAGAUGGAGCUAAUGCUCUGGUUUUAGCCUUGAAGGAGGGAGAUGAAACGACGGUUUAUUCAAAUGGAACUUUGCAGGAAGGCUCUACAUUAUCCUUGUUUUCACUGAGAAGUCUCAUGGAGUCCCCUCAAGAAGUUCUUUAUGCAACUGUCCCAGACGGUACAGUGAUACAAGGUGGUCCGUGGGAACACAUCGCUUAUGAUGACGUGCACAUCAACACUGCCCAAACUUUCACAGCGAACACAAAUUACACCGUGGCUAGCUCCGGGUAUUACGUGGUCAGUAUGACGACUUUUCUACUGGACUCAGCUAUACACGCCUCUUAUCUGGAUGUCCGAUUCAAGAUGAUUCACUACUCCACCUUAUCUGUGUCCUCUCGAACCUCCAAUUCAUAUACGUAUAUGGCCAGAUAUAAUCAGGGUGACGUCAUACAGAACCAAUUCUUUACUUUCAACACGACACGGAUGUCAAAUGAAAGUUCUCUUGCACUGUUCAAGUAUUUUGAACUGAAUGAAACCGAUGUGACUGUAAUUACAGUUAGACAAAAGCCAUUUUAUUUGGCCUGUGAACAAGAAUUUUGUAAUCCAUUUGCCAAUGGAGCCGUAUAUGAAAACUUGGGUUCCGAUUUUGACCCCAUUUCUGGAAUCUUUACGGUGCCCCGUUUUGAUGCGUACCUCAUUUCAGUCAAUUUGUUCGCGACCCAAGUGGACACAAUAUUUCAGAUACUUGUCGACGGUGAAGUAACGGAUACCAUACACUGUGAUGGACCAACAAAUGAUAACUUCACUAAUGACAGCAAGCUAGUUCUUAUUAAGCGUCUUAAAGAAGGUCGCACAAUAGAGGUGAAAAUGAAAGGCCGAGCUCUUUUCUACUCCAUGCUGUCUAUUUGGACUCUGACUGCCUGAUCUGAAAACGUGGCCUGAAAGAAUUCCAAACAGGGUUUUGAGUCGGAUGAAGCUGAUUUUUGUCAGGUUUUGUUCUUCUUGUAUU